GGGCCCCACUUAUGUUCUUUUCUUAAAAAAUCUUCCAUUCAGUAGUGACUCCUUCUGCUUAUAUUCUUGAUCCUCUGAUGCUGGUGCCAUCCUGCAUUAUCUGUUUAGCUCAAAUAAUUUUGUGAAGCAUUUUUAUUGGUAGAAAUGGAGAGUGAGUCGGUGAAACGCAGAAUUCACAUGAUUGCUGCUCACUUUGCACCCAAUGAUGAUAUUUCAACUACCCACGUUCUGCCUAUGAACUGUAGUGGCAGUCUGAACUCUGUGCUCCGGAGAUGUGAUAAUAAGGUGUAUUUUGCACGCCAAGCAUCUGCUUCUCUUGGUUAUUUUAUGAGGCAGACUUCAAUUGAAGAGGGUGGCUCAACUGGCUUUAUUGCUCCCAAAACCCAUCCUGGUGCUGCUGCAUCUGAAGGUCCUUCUAAUGCAAGAGCACCAUGUUUUGCUAAACCUGCAAGGGCAGAAUCAGUCUUCACAAAUUCAGUGGUCCAACCAAUGGCUCAGGAACAGGGCUGUGAUUUUAGUACACUUGAUCCUCCUACAUUUGCUAGACCAAGCAGACAGAUUAGAGGAGAUAAGUUACAUUCUGAAAAGAAAGCGUGCUAUUCUGAAAUUGGUGGAAUUGAGUGGUCUCCAAGGAUGGAUGUUGCAGAAUCAGAAGGCAAAUAUGUUAUCAUGGUGGAAGUUCCAGGUGUCAGUAUCGGUGACAUAAGAGUGGAGGUUGAUGAUCUAAAGUUGUAUGUUAAAGGUAGACGCUCUACUAGCUCCUGGACAGUUGCAGGCUGUACAAAUGCUUCACUUUCUUCAUAUCAUCGAAGAGAAAUACUAUAUGGACCAUAUGAGGUGAUCUGGCCACUUCCUGCUGGUGUGAACAAGGACAGAAUAUCUGCUGAAUUUUUGGAUGGAUUUCUACAAAUUAUAGUUCCUAAAGUUUGAGAAUGACUGAGCAAUAUUGAUUUGUGGCAUAUAUAUGUAUACAUAUACCUAUACCCCGUGCUUAUAGAUUAUAGAUGGAGAAGAAAUGGGCAUUGUUCUGCAUGAGCCAUAUCAUGCCCUAUAUAUAUAUUUUUAAUGUAAUGAACAGAUGAUGGGUUAAUUUUGAUUUCAUAUACAACUUAAUUGUUGUGCAGAAAAUGUCCUGAUGCAUCGUGAGAUGUUUUUCAUUCUA